CUACGUGCUCUCCCUCGGCUUCGGCGACUUUCUCCCCACCUUCCUCCGCGCCCCCGUCGUUGACGCGCUCCACUUCAACUCUGAGAGCGACCCCAUCUCCUCCAACGGCGUCGAGAACUCCACGGAUGGCGGCCGCCUGCUCAUCAUUGUCGCCGCCGGCCCCAAUUUCGACCUGUGCUUCUGUGUCGCCGUCCCCGCCAGUGACGCUCUCGUCUACGGGCUCGCUUGCCUCGUCGCCUCCCAUCGGCGUUAG